AAAACCCCCGGCCCCAGUCCCAGGUCCGCGCCGCGUUAUUCGCCAACGGCUAUCCCGGGGGACAAUAAUAGUGUGAAAAACGGGGCGGUACGCGCGUAAGCCUGGCCUCGAGCAGCGAGUCGGACGACGGUGGACUCGCUCCGCCACCGCGCAAAAGGUCCCGUAGUUCUGUACCGACUACCCUACGACCAGCGGACGAGCACCACUCCCCUAGUCCGGACAUGGAUAAUUAUCGUAUGCACGACAGCAUAAUGCAGCAGCAGGCCUCAAAUGGUGGUGUGUCUUCUGGACUGCAGCAAAAUGGAGCCAAAGCAGAUUCCAGUGGGCCUCAUACCAAUGGUAAUCUGUUACCGGAAUCGGACAGUGACAUUAAUGGUGUGAACGGAGAUAUAAAUCAAAGUUUGGGACCACCAAAAAUAAUGGACAAAACUAAUCAAGACAUUGUGAGACUUAUCGGUCAACAUUUGAAGACAGUCGGUUUGGAUCGGACAGCAGAUUUACUUAUGCAAGAAUCAGGUUGUCGUCUUGAUCAUCCUGCCGCGGCGAAAUUUAGGCAGCACGUUAUGGACGGCGAUUGGAACAAGGCAGAUCAUGAUCUUAAUGAACUCAAGUCUUUUUUAAAUAGUGCAAACCAGAGUUUAGUGGAGAUGAAAUUCUUACUGUUAGAACAAAAGUAUUUAGAAUAUUUAGAAGAAGGCAUGGUGUUUGACGCGUUACACGUACUACGCAACGAACUUACACCUUUGGGCCAUAAUACCGGUCGUGUUCAUCAAUUAUCUUUAUUUAUGAUGUGCAGUGGACGAGAUGAAUUACAGACACGUGCAGGCUGGGACGGCAAAGGGCCAGCUUCCAGAGCUGCGCUUAUGGAUAGACUGCAGAGAUUCUUGCCACCUUCCAUUAUGUUACCGCCACGCAGACUUCAUUCUUUACUCUGUCAGGCUGUGGAAAUGCAAAAUCAACUCUGCACGUACCAUAUAACGCAUUCGCAGCAGGCAAGUCUAGAGAAUGUCUCUUUGCUCGUCGAUCAUAACUGUGGCAAGGAGCAGUUUCCGUGCCAUACCAUACAGGUACUUCACGAUCACUGCGAUGAAGUCUGGUACUGCAAGUUUUCACCCGAUGGUCUCAAGCUUGCCACAGGUUCUAAGGAUAUGACUGUAAUAGUAUGGGACGUGGAUCCAGAAACGCUAAAAGUGACACAUAGGAAAACCCUUGAAGGCCACACAUAUGGUGUGGCGUUAAUCGCUUGGAGCCCCGACAGCAGUCAUCUAAUCGCUUGCGGUCCCGAAGAUUGCCCGGAAUUGUGGCUUUGGAGCAUUGACACGCCCGACUGCGAAUUGCGCGUAAAACUGACGCAGAGCACGGACGAUUCACUGACGGCGUGCGCCUGGCAUCGCGAUUCGAACAAAUUUGUAGCAGGAGGCCUUCGCGGUCAAUUUUAUCAAUGUGAUAUGGACGGCAAUGUUUCGGAUUCGUGGGAAGGAGUCAGAGUGAAAUGUCUAUGGUGUCGCAGUGACGGACGGACCGUUUUAGCGGCUGAUACACACCAUAGAAUUCGUAGCUACACUUUUGACGACUUGGGCGAUGCCACUAUAUUACAAGAAGAUCAUCCCGUUAUGUCAUUUAGCGUCAACAAGACAGAUCGACUCGCACUACUUAACGUGGCAAAUCAAGGUGUGCAUCUUUGGGACUUAGAAGAUAAAUGCCUUGUAAGACGUUUUCAAGGCGUCACUCAAGGACAUUUUACUAUCCAUAGUUGUUUCGGAGGAGUCAAUCAAGAUUUUAUUGCCUCUGGCAGUGAAGACAAUAAAGUGUAUGUAUGGCAUAUCAAAAGAGAACUGCCUAUAGCGACUCUUACGGGGCACAGUAGAACAGUCAAUUGUGUUUCCUGGAAUCCUGUAUAUCAUCAAAUGAUGGCUUCAGUAUCGGAUGAUUUUACAGUAAGGAUAUGGGGCCCAAGAUCAUUUUCUUCUGAUGGAGAAAAUGAUGCGACAAUUUCACUCGAAACCAACUCUUCAAAUAGCAGCGGUUGGCACGAGAUGGUAUCGUAGCGAACUACAACGCGGCCAGUUCUCAGUGUUCCCAUGACCUCAUGGUGUUCAAAAGACUGUCACACUGACAUUUGACUGUCAUGCUGUCCCGUUGAUUGUCGUACUGACAUUUUACUGCCUUCUGUAGCAGUUACUUCUCUUAUACCUCUUGUCAAUCUUAACUAUCUACUGUGUACAGAGGUAACAGAGAGAAGGGGGAAAGGGGAAGAAUCUAUAUGUUUAGCAACAACUGCUAAAUCGCCUGCAAUUAUUAAAACCAAAAUCAAUCAUCGAGCGUAAUUAUAUCACAUUCGUGUAUACUUUCUUUUUGAUUCAUAGUCUCUUUAAGUAUAUUUUAUAUAUCCAUAUGUAGUAUCUGUUGUGUUAUCUCGAUUAAAAUCUUUGAAUGAUUUAACGUUGGAGCUAAUAAUCUAAAAAUAUGUGACACAGCAUAAUACGAUAUUAAAGUAGGUCAUACGACAGAGUAGAGAAUAAAAAGAAAAAUUCCGUCUUAGGAUCGGUGUGUGUAAAGAUACAAAUUAUGUAAACGAGGAAAUAUGGAGUGCAUCCACGUAUUGGGACAGUAUCGUAGAAAAUAUGUUUUGACAGGAAUUUUGUCAAAUUUGACUAUAAUUGUAUCAAUAAAUAUUGUACAUAACAGUUUCAGAUCUAGAGUUUUAUUUUAAGACGUUUGUCGAUCACGAUGUCUCGAGCAUUAUCUUCGAUAUUAUACCGUAAUUUUCUCGUCUUUCUUAGAGAAAGACUAUAAAUUUUUAAAUAUUAUGAUAUCGUAAGGAAUCACUGGAUCUUGUGGAUCGGAACAAAAAUUCUAGAACAUUUGAUGUAGAAGCAGUUUUGUUGCGGUCGUGGCAGCACAACAAACAGUAGAGAUUAGAGAGCGAUGUGUGUGAGAUGGCUUUAUUGUUUAGGCAUUUAUGAAGGCACAAUUAUACAUCAAUUUUUAAUUAGAAUCAUUAUUUGUACAAGAAAAAUUGUCCGGUCCAUGUAUAUCAUUAGAUUAUAACUUCACAGUAAAGCAUCUAACACUGAAUUAUAAAAAAUGUUUUUGAAGUGAAAACUAAUUUAUUCACGUGUGAUUAAAA